AUGGUCAAUAUAGUGCCUCGUGCAAGGGACCUGACCGCAGUAAUGUUUGCUACUAUUGUGGCAGCACGGGGCACAAGAUCAAAGAGUGCAAGGUCAGCGAACCUACUUGCUUUUUGUCCUCAAAGAGUUGUGUUGAAACUAGGAAGCACCUGGCGGGAUCAAAGGCCUGCAAAGCUUUCCAGGAGGCCCUUGCAACAGCAAAGAAGUAGAAAAAAAGAAAAAAAACGGAUGAGAGUACUUCAGGGUAACCUGAAUAGGAGCAGGACGGAGCAUCACCUUCUAGCCCAGCUUUGCUUUGAGAAAAAAGCUGAUAUUGUGCUAAUCAGCGAACAGUACCAGGACAGAGCAGGAGUAGGAUGGUUCGCAGACGAAUUGGGCACCGCGGCCAUCUGGAUCCCACAUCCCCGACUAAUACAUGUGUCGGACCAAGGAUCCGGACGCGGUGAUGUUUGGGUGAGACAUAACUCGACGACGUAUGUCAGUGUAUAUUUCACUCCGAACGACCGGAUAGACGACUUCCAAAUCAAACUGGACGAUCUGGAAGACGCGCUGCAGGAAAUCCAAGGGGAUCUCAUUGUGGCUGGAGACCUCAAUGCCAAAGCUCUCGAAUGGGGGGAGGCCAGGCCGGACUCCAGAGGAAGACGUAUCAUGGAGGUGGCGUCGAGACUGGAUCUAUCAGUAUUCAACACAGCUUCGACGUCAACCUUCCGCUGGCCUGGCUACAGAGAGACGAUCCCGGAUGUCUCUCUAGUCAACGAACAUCUUAUGGCAAGAGUCGCAGACUGGCAGGUGAUCGAGGAUUAUACCGGGAGCGAUUACCAGUACAUCCUAUUCGAUGUACAUGAUAGGAGGCCAGCCGUGACAUGUGUAAAGUGUGACCCCCCCCGGUGGAACAUUGCAAGAAUGGAACGAGAGAUGCUGUCUUCGGUCAUAGAGGAAGGAUUGAGAUCCCAACAAAGUACUUCAGCGAGUCUAUCGCCACCAGCACAAACCAGGUUGAUUAGCGCAGCAACCAUGCAGCUCAUCCAAAUGGCUUGUGCGAUAGCGGUGCCAAAGAAUGGCACGAAACGGCAGAGACGCCCUGUAUAUUGGUGGACGAACGAGAUCGCAGAUCUUCGUAAGAAGUGCUUAAAGCUACGCCGUUUAGCACAACGAGCGAAGAGACGCGACCACGACGCUACUCCUUUGCCCGCAGACUAUCAAGCGGACUAA